AUGGAUUUAGGAUAUAUACUCGAAAUCCAACAGAAUAUACACCCAACAGUAAUUCUGGAGAUAGGGCCCGCCCGGGGCAACAACUUUGAAUUCUAUCCUUCAAACUGUCGCGUAAUAGCGUUGGACUAUAACAGCUAUUUUGAGAAAUAUUUUCGCGAAAACAAAUCCAAAUUUCCGAAUAUUUUAUGCGAAGAUUUUGUGAACGGAAGGGCAGAAGACAUGCGAGAGAUUGAAGACAAUUCAGUGGAUGUCGUGGUCGCCACUUAUGUCUUGUGUAGUGUUAAAGACCGCUACAAAACACUUCGAGAAAUCCAAAGAGUUCUCAAAAAAGGAGGCACAUACUAUUUCAUGGAACACGUUGGAUACCCCCACACCAGCAGUUGGCAUAUCUUCUUAUUUGCAAUUCAAUUACUUCUGCAGCCGUUUUGGUACGCAUUCCUCGGCGGCUGUCAUUGUCACCGCCAGUCCUGGUCCUACAUAGAGAAGGCAGGCUUUCAUACACUUGAUCUCAAUUACGAAUAUCCAAACGAAAUGGUAUUCAUAGCCAGAGCUCACAUCUGGGGAACCGCUACUACACACCAAUCGGAUGAUUGCAAUCACAAGAAAUAAUAGUAAUUCUUGUCGUUUUAGGAAUAAAUUAUUAUUAUUUGUCAAACAAUUCUUAAUUAUAUAUAUUGUCAUCCAAUACAAGA